AUGCUUUACUAAACAGGAGUAAAUUAGCAAUAGGAAGGAAAAGUAUAGCCUCAAAACUUAAAUAAGCAUAUUGCUAAAGUUCUUUAAAAGACUUAAAAUGUAGAUAGCAGCGAGUACCAAGUAUAUGCUCCUCAGAAUAUUUAUGUUCAAUACUAAUACAAUAAUUUUAUUUACAAUAAUGGAUCACAAUCAAACUUGAAUCAUUCCAAAACAAUGAACUAUAAGCAAUCAGCUAGCAUCAUUUCUGACACUCCAAUAACAGAUGCUCUCUAUAUCUAGCUAGAGAGUAAACGAGUAAGUGAUCCUAAUCAUUCUAGAAAUAGUGGCUCAUAUAACAUAAAAUCAGAUUUAUUAACUAAAAAAUCAGUAGAUUUGAAGUCUAGCAACAUGAUAUAGAAUGAUCUUUAAAGCAAUAAUAACAAGAUUUAAUUUAGACAGUCAAUUGUGAUGAAUGAUAGAAUUACUGAAGCAAAAAAUUUAAGUGAAAAGGUAUCUUCUUUUAACAAGCAUAAAUUAGUUGUAAAACAAAAAGUUGCCCUUAACGAUAAUAAUAAUGGAACUUAAAUGAGUUAUGCAGCAAAUAAUUUGCAAAAUAUGACCCAAGAUUCAUUAAAUUAAUAAUCUAAAAAUUCAGCUAGAAGGGGAUCUUUAGAAAGAACUUUUGGAGGAUUUAUUUAUUCAAUUAGUAAGCAAAAGGCUAUAGAUGGAGCAUUUAAAUUCUUUGAAAAAGUUCAAGAUAAGGUUAAGAAAUUGAUGCCUAAUUCUCCAAGUGAAAAGAAGAUUAAUUCUGGUCUUUACUAAUCUAACAAUGAGGGGCGUAAAAGCAUAGAUUAUAAAGCAGGGGCUGACGACUAUCACAGUGGUUCAUCUGCACCAACUUUAAGAUAUGAAGACAAGAGUAACUUUUCUUCUAAUUUCUAAACUUCAAGAUAACAGUAAUAGGCGUUGGAGCUACUAAGAACUCCUAAUAGAAACACUUCAACUGCAAGUUAUCUAAAAAGCAAUAUAAGCUCUAUAGAUAGAUCAUCUGCCCAUAAACAAUAAUCUAUAUCUAAAAUUAGAUCUAUUAAACCUUCUGAAAAAGAAGCAGAUGAUCCUAUUGAACCUCCAUCUCCAAGAGCAGUGGAAACUGUAUGUGUUAAAUGUUAAAGAGUUAUAAGAUAGGAUAAGUAUGUUCAAGAUCUAGUCUCUAGUUCUCCUAAUACUAGACAAGAAAUGGACGCUACCAUUAUCUAGUAAUAUGCCUAGAAAUUUAGAGAUGAAAUUCUAAAAUCAAAAGCUCAAAACUAAUUCACUUAACAAGAUUAUUUGUAGUGCAAACAGAUCAUUUAGAACAUUUAAUUCCAAGAAGACGAAGAGAAAUAUAAGAUUAAGCAAGAAGAAAUGAACAAAACUAUCUAAGAAAAAGAGUUUUUGCAAAAAAGAACUAACGAUUUAAUCAUGGCAAUGCAAAAUAAGUUUGUAAAGAAAGGAGGAUAGAUUUAAAAUUAUCCUAACAUAGUCCAUAAAGGACUUUUUAUUAUGAGUGAUAUUAGGAGCGAUAUAGAUAACUAAACUCUUAUUUCUGAUAAUAGUAUGAAGACUUAAACAUCAUAGUUCACCUAGAACUCAAUGCCAUUUUCCACUAUGAGCAAUAUAAUUAAGGAUUUUUAAUAGAAGCCUUCACAUCCAUAAUUUAUAAGAAGCAUGUCUAACCCAAAAAUAGGUGAUGAAAUCGAUGAAACAGUUAAAUUCGAAGAAUCAAAGAGAGAAAAAGAAUACUUCUAUGAGAUGUGUUUUAAAAUUAAAAACACUAUGUUUCCUGAGAAUCACUUAGCCAAAUAUGCAAACAUUCCUGCUCUUUUUGAGGAAUCUUAAAAGAAAAAUGUUUCUACAAGCAACUAUCAAGAGUUUAUCUAUAAUGAAUUAAGUAAAAACGCCUAACUUUGGGUUUCGAUGAAAGAAAUCAACUAAAUCAGAAGGAAAACUUCGAACAGUUCAUCAUCUCCGAGAGGGAGUAUAUCAAGCGCUAAUGGUGCUGGAAACACAAGCCAAAGACCUGCAAGUGCGAGCAAUUAAAGCAAGCAAAAAGCAAAGAGCUAUCAAAUUUUAGAUUCAACUCGCAGAAACACAACUGCCAAGAGUCAAAAUAGCAGCAGUAAUAGGCUUGGAUCUGGAGCUAAGAUAGUUAAAAUUGAAACUAUUAUGGAAGAAGAUGAUGCUUAGUUACAGUUAUAUAAUGAUUGA